AUGGCGCCCCCAGCCUAUCCUCCCCUACCACCCGACUAUGAGCUCUUUGGCUUCCUGUCAGAAGAGGAGGCCCUAGUAGACGAAGAUAUUCUAUUUGAAGCCCCGCUGAGCGACUACGAUUUAGAAGAGGGCUUUGGCCCUGUCGCUCUCCCAUACCUCCCAGGAAACUUGCACGAAGUUCCGGGCCUCACAACAUCCCCAGGGUCAUCUGCUGAAGUUGAUCUGGGGCCUGCUUAUUAUGGUCCUCGCAACCUAGCGUCUAGCCCCGAGACUGCUCAUCUAAUAUCUUUAACCAUGGCUAAACCCGGUCUAAUUCUUGAGAUUGAUACCCAUCUUAGAGUUCUUUAUUCAUGUGCUGCCUUCCAGUAUUCCUAUUCUGGUAAGCUCGAUAUAGAAUACUUUGACGCGGUCAUUGACAAUACCGAAAACAGCUUGGUUUUAAUGCGAAACCUCGCUGUCAUCCCAAGGUGCGACCUAGAGAAGGAAAAGUUUAUCUCUAAAAUUGAAGCCACUCCCGCUUCCUGGGACCAACUUUCGAAAACUAUGCGUAGUAGUAUGUUCUACCUCCUAGCAAAGUUAUUGUCUCGCGUGUCAGCCAACCAGUUAGAAUCGUUCCAAAUGGAUGAGCCAAACACUGGUGGGGACAUCUUCCCAACUCUCCAAAGGCAACUCAGCAGCCUUAGACACCUUAGCCUCCACGAAACUUCACUUGUCUCUCAUUUUGCUGACGAGAAGGUCCCACGCAUCCUGCAAUCACUCGUCAUUCACGGGAUCAACAUCAACGUUGGGGGGCAGUUCUUAACCUUCCUUCUUCACCUUGGUAGAUAUCACAACUCUCUCAGUUACUUGUCUCUAGAUUUCGAGAAGUUGUCCUUUGAAGAAAAUGUCGAUUGGAUUGGCCUCGAGAGACACUUCAGCUCUAUUCGCGUUCUCACCAAAUUAAAAAGUCUCGUUAUCAGCAACUGCCGAGACAUGAUGGCUUUGCAAUUUUCGACUUUGGUCUUGAUUCCCUGGGCCAAACUUAAGAGGCUCAAGAUUAUCAACUGCCCAAGCACUGAAGCUGGGGGAUGUCCAGGCCUCACGCGUCGACUCCAAGUUGACAAUCUAACCCACUUAUCUUUGAUCAGAACAUGUUCCCCGGAGGACGCUGCUGCGCUCAUUCGUGGUCUUGGUGUUGGUUUACAGAGACUUCACCUUGAAUUCAGUUAUGAGCAGGGACAGAUGUCCACCGACUGUCUAAUGAAAUGCCACAGCCACACCCUUCGAUAUCUCUGGAUGGAAUCAAGCACUGGGAAGCGUUUUCGAUUGGUUGAGUCCACUACCGGUAAUGAACCACUCAUGAGCGAGUUCGCCCGAUUUAAACGUCUUCGCGAGCUUGCAAUCGCCGUUCGCUACGCUGCGAUCGAGAAAUAUGAUAUCGAGUGGGAAAACCCUCCCAAUCUUCGUAUCUUCCGUAUUCUCAACCUUGUCGAGAGAUACGUCCAUCAGACGAAAGAAAAGGAAAGAUGCAUCUGCAAAAUAGCAGAAAACUUCGCUAGAAUUCAUGAUGACGAGCUUGCAGAGUUCCACUCCCACGACCUCCAGAUCAUUAUCGUCGGCCGACACAUCAAUACUGCCCCAGACGUUGAGCCAAUCUAUUACUGGGCCAAUGUUGUUUUGUCAGACUCAGAUUCAGAUUCCUCUUCAACAAACUCCAACCCACUCGAGGGAAUGCGCUUUGGUGGAAGCGCUGUUCAUGACCAUUUUGUUUCUCCCCGAAGACGCCAAAGACACAGUACCAGGUCUCACGAACCUAGUGCCAUCCAACAACAGUCUGUCGAAUACGAUGCAGGUGACGAGGCCGAAAAGGGCGAAGAGCCCCCAUCGCCAUCCCUCCCAGGCCUUUCUGAACCAUUCGCCAGCUUGAAUCUUAGUGGACAAGAUGACGAUGAUGAGGAAAACCCAGCACUCGGAAUUCCAGACCUCCCAGAACGUGAUGAGAAAUGUUGUGUUAUCACAAGUAUCGAUGAACUCAAGACCCAGAUUCGAGAGACUACCAUCAUUGACGUCGAUCUCGAAGGGGCACCAUUUUGGGAGCAGGACGAGAUGAUUGUUGAAGCGUACUAUCCAAAUGCAGCAUACAACCCAAUUUAA